AUGGGCUGGCUACCCACAUGGCUCGGAGGAUCAGCGACACCUUCCCAACCGGAAUCCGUACGGCCAAAAUCUACCGAUGGCGGGUUCAUUGCGCCCGACCGCAGCGCCCGAGAAAUCUGCUACGAGUCAAGAGACCUCUUCUUCGAGUGCCUCGAUAAGAACAACAUUCUGGAUGCAAUCAAGGAAGAUGAAAAGGCCAGGAAGGUCUGUUCAAAGGAGGUCAUAGAUUAUGAACGCGAUUGUGCGAGGAGUUGGAUCAAGUACUUCAAGGAGAAGCGGGUAAUGGAAUAUAACCGCGACCAGACGAUAGCAAGGAUCCAGCAGGAUGAUGCCAAAAUGGCUGCCAAAUCCAAAGCCGAAAGAGGCGGGAAAGGGUGGUUUGGAUGA